AUGUCGGCUUUCACUGCCCUCAAUGGGGGCUCACCAAAAACCUCCGAACCACCUAAUCUGCCGCCCACCGAUGCCAACAGAGCACCGUCGGUUGAGCGCCCCAACGGACAGCACACCCCGUCUGAGCCAAAGCCGACCACAACCGCUGCGGACCCUUCCACGAGCCAGAGGGAUAGCUGGGCCGGCCCGAGCCAGGAAAGGUCACCAUAUCAAUCUGCCAACUACCCCGAUAUCGACGGCUCUCUCAAGAGAAAGCGGUCCAGCUCGGUAGAAGCAAGGCGGGAAGCCCCCGCGCCCAAGGAAAAUUCCCCCGACGCCGCCUCUCACUCUCACCCUCCGGAAUCACGUGACCCUUAUGACACCCCCUCGCGCGAGCGCGAACACCGCUCCUACGCCGAACGCGAAGACUCGCGGGAGCACGGCGAUUCGUGGUACUCACGCGAUGCCAGGGAUAGGGAUGAGAGGGGUUACUACGACCAGCCGUCUGCCACAUCUACGCAGGGCCAGUCUGAGGAACAGAUUGGAGAGGCACUAAGACGUGCCAACCAGGUGGAUGCGCACGACUACGACAACACCAGCCCUGAUGGCGAUGAUAGAUCCAUGGCAUAUGGCUCCUACACACCUGGCGGAUCCCGUGACCCGACACUUCAAUCCGACAACAAGAAGAGAAAACGCAACUUCAGCAACCGAACCAAGACGGGAUGUCUCACGUGUCGAAGGAGGAAGAAGAAGUGUGAUGAGCAGAAGCCCGAGUGCAGCAAUUGCCUCCGUGGAGGAUUCAUCUGCGCAGGAUAUCCCCCACAGCGCAGCACGGCCUGGCAGAAGCCAGACAGCAAGGCUGCGGCCAUUCCCUUGGAGUCCAAAGACCCCAGCUAUGUCCCACCCGGCGCAUAUGGUAUGCCGCAGCAGCAAGCUCCGUAUGGCAGCCAGCCUGCCGUGGGACAGAGGCGGGAGGCGCUGCCCCAUUACCGUGGACAGCCUUUGCGGAUUGAUCCGCCUCAAGGGCGACCGCUGCUGACUGACGAUGACCGGCCGACUGCUUCGACGAUCCCCAGCGCAUCGGUGACAAGUCCCGAGAAUAAGCUUUCUGCCAUCCCCUACACCCCGGCAAACGCCUUCCCCACGCCUGUCAGCGCUCAAGGGCCACCGCAUGCCCCCUUCUCGGAGAGGAAGGAGUACCAGCGCGUCCCGCCGUUGCACGACAUUAGCAGGACCGCGCCGGAGCCCGAGACACCUCACCCCGGCAACACGCUGCCUCAGAUCAACAUUCUUCACCCGACGAGGUCCAACAGCCCCAUCCAGCAGCAGCAGCAGCAGCAGCCGCCGCCGGCCACCAGCAAUGUGCAAGUCGCCGCGCAGCUGGCACUAUCGCACACCCAAUUCCCCCCCAGCAGGGCCAGGACGCAGAAGGAGGACAUGCUCGCCGGGAAACUCUACUACCCAUUUGACAAGGAGCUUGUCUUGGAACGCGAGCGCUGCAGCGCGGCUUGCUGGCGAUUCAACAAUUCGACGAACCCCAACAACGGCGUCUCGCCGACAGAGCGAGCGCGCCUGUUCCGCGAGAUUCUGCAGCCCCGGGACCUGAUCCAGAUUUCGCCGACAGUCACCUCGCCCGUGGCAAACGUUGGAAGAGUGGGCGAGCACGUGGUCGUGGAGGCACCCUUCACUUGCGACUACGGCUACAACAUUUCCAUCGGGCAAAACGUCGUCAUCGGCCGGAGCUGUACCAUCAUCGACACAUGCGAAGUCAAGAUUGGCGACAACUGCCACAUCGGGCCGAACGUGAGCAUAUACACGGCGACGCUGCCCACCGACCCCAAGCGGCGUCUGGGCAGCAAGGGCCCACAGCUCGGCAAACCCAUCACCAUCGGGGAGGACUGUUUCAUCGGCGGAGGAGUCAUAAUCCUACCAGGCGUCACUAUUGGACGGGGAAGCACCGUCGGGGCCGGCUCGGUCGUCACAAAGGAUGUUCCUCCUUUCACCAUCGCCGUUGGUAAUGCCGCCCGGAUCAUACGCGGCAUCUCGUCGUAG